AUGACCAUGCGUACUCGCAGCAAGACGAUUGGUUCGCGUCGUGGUAGUCGUAGCGCGCCUGCCUCGCGUUCGGGGUCACCCUCCCCAGCUCGCGUGCCCUUUGCCCGCCUCUCUUCCACCUCGCUUGUCGUUCCCUCUGGCGGCGAGCUUUCUGGAGUCUCGAUUGCUGGUCUUCCUGCCGGAUCUUCCGCCGGCGAUCUUCAGAACCCUACCGCCGUCCAACUCGGCGCUGCCGCCGCUGCGCUGGGGGUCACGGCUCACCCGGGGGCUGUGCGUGGCCUCCUCAGCGACGGAGACGAUGAACAAGACGGCGACAGCGUCGCCUACGUCGACGCGGACCUCUUCCAGACCGAGGAGGAGCUUCGCCAGCUCCGCGAAGACGCGUCCCUCGCGGCCGCGGUUGAGGGCAGCCUCCACCUCUCCGACGGCCCCCCACCGCCGGGGUCGCCGGCCGCCGUGGCCAACGCUCACGCCGACGCGUUGUGCGCCCGCGAGGGCUUUGCCACGGUGUCGCAUGACGCCAGGGCGGCCGAUGUUGCGGCCGCGGCAGCCGACUUGGCCUUGCAGCGUGAGAUAUCGCAGCAAGCUGCCGCCGCCGCUGCUACUGCCGUCAGCCGCCUGCAGCUCCUGGAACGCCGCGCUUCCGACGCGGGCGAGGAGGUGGAGCUGGUCCGCGCUUCCGUGGCGCUUCGCAUGGAGACGGCGCGGGCGGACGUUCGGAGGAGCACGGUAGCUCUUGGCAUCGCCGAGCGCUCGCUGUCGCCUACGCCCGCCGGCUCUUCCGAGCUUCCCCACCACGCGCCUUCGUAUUUCGAGAUUGUACGUGGAUCAUCUCCAAGCUCUUACGAACGCAAGAGCGGGAGCCCCGGGCGCCCCGGGCGGCAGGCCGGCCGCGCCACCUCCCUUACGCCGCCGACCCCGGCCUCCCCCCCGCCCAUCCCGGUGGCGCUGCCAGCGCAGGCCGGGGCCGGGGGCGAGGGCGCUGCAUCCCGUUCUUCGCCUUCUGCAUCGGCUGACGUGGCGUCGAGGAUUUCGCGCUCUUCUCGGGCGGGGAACUCUUCGGUUGCAUCGACCCAUGGUCUCCCGCCCCCCGAUUCUCCGAGGGCGGGCUACCGCCGUAUGGGCAUCGCCGCAUCGGUGGCCGCUGCCGCCGCCGGCGCCGCCCCGUCUGCGGCGACGCCCGCGGCCGCUGCCCCUACUGCGGCGGCGGCGCGGCGGCGAACAGGCUUCAUCACCACGCACCACGCUUCACCAGCUUCAGCAGCGCCGGCUCCGGAGGCGGCGGGGAAACGGCGGGGAGGAGCUGGGUCCUCGGCCCCUCCGCCGGCCAGCCCCCCUCGGGCCGGCGCUCCCCGGGCGAGGGAACCGCCGGCCGACACGCGGCGGGCUGGCGUCGUGAUUCGUCGUCACGAUCCUCCGCCGGCCGUCGCGCGGCGGGGGAGUGUUGUGAUUCUCCACCACGACUCCGGUGCCCGACGAGCUUCGACUUCUUCACGGAAUCCGGUGCCUUCUCUUCGUGGCUCGGCGUCGCGGCCGUCGUCGGAGACCGACCCAAGGGCGGCGCCGCCGCGUGCACACCAGCCACACGAGAACCCUCGGGAGCCGGCGACGUCGCGGGAUCAAUACGUGCGCCGACACACUUCGGUGCCCGCGCUCGACUUCGCCGCAGAAGAGGCGCGGCUUCACCGCGGUGGAACGGUCGCCUCGGGUCGGCCACAGCAACCCCGCCGGCGAUACUGGUCCGACAAGCUCCAUGUUCCGCGUGACACCCUCUCCGGUGAGAUCGGCAGGAGGACGCUGCUGGACGAGCAGCUGGGUAUUCGACUUCACGACGCGGAACGAGCGUGUGCCGGGUCGGGAUGGACGGACCCAGAGUUGGGGGACGCCUACACGCAGGCCCGCUCGGACUUCAGCGACAACCGCCGCCGCUUGUGGGAGCUCGAAGACGCCUGCGAUCGGCGUGAAGGCCGAGCGCACGCGUGGGGUCCUCCUCGCGAUUGGGAAAUGCUGCGGGCGGUGCAAGCGGAGCCGGCGGCCGACCGCCGGGAGCCGCCGUCGCCGGGUCGCGACGGUCAGCGUGAGCGCCACCGCCGAACUAACAAACGCUCGCGGCGGCAGCACAACCGCUCCUGCCGCGAGAGUUCUUCCUCCUCUUCGUGGUCGUUGGACGGCUCGGGAGACGNCAACCGCCGCCGCUUGUGGGAGCUCGAAGACGCCUGCGAUCGGCGUGAACGCCGAGCGCACGCGUUGGGUCCUCCUCACGAUUGGGAAAUGCUGCGGGCGGUGCAAGCGGAGCCGGCGGCCGACCGCCGGGAGCCGCCGUCGCCGGGUCGCGACGGUCAGCGUGAGCGCCACCGCCGAACUAACAAACGCUCGCGGCGGCAGCACAACCGCUCCUGCCGCGAGAGUUCUUCCUCUUCUUCGUGGUCGUCGGACGGCUCGGGAGACGACAGGGAUGAAUGGGGGGCGCCGCGGCGCCGGUCGGCGCCGGCGGAACGAGAGGCCGUCCAUCACGUGCGGGCCUCAAGUUCUCGCCGGCAGGGCGCCGCGAGUGGUGGAGGGAAGCAGAGCACGUGGUCGGCGGGGGGAGGAGACCGCGGGACUCGGCGUUCGGGGGAGGACGAGAGGGAGCGUCGACACAGCCGAGCGUCGUCUUCGAGAGGCUCGGAGGCUGGUGGAUCUUCCCGGGCUUCGAGACUAACCCGUGUGCCGUGUUCUUUGUCCCCCAGCUCACGAUCUCCUUCCCCACCCCCUCACAAUCCGAAGGUAUCCUCUAAGCUCAUGGCACUCAACGUGCACCACAUGUUUCAGCAGUAUGUGCGACCACGCCUGCCGUUGCCUGCCGGCAACACGUGGACGGCCCUAGUUACGUUGGUAGGUCGGCUACGCCAUGUAGUCAGGCACGGCCGACAGGCUUGCGGCGAUUUCCACGCCACCGCGUGGGCUCCAGAGUGGACGUCGCUCGCUCAACAAUUUCUUGUGAGUUGUGUAGCGGCAGAAAGUGGGGAAGGGCCGGUAAACAAAAUUUUGUCCAUCGGCCGGGACCUCGACGACACAAUCCGAGAUAGGAAGCUCAACGACCCACAAGGGUUUGCCGAGCUUGUCAGCCAGCUCACGAGGCGAUUCACGAGCUUGAAGGUCAAUUCCAUCCCGAUCAUGUUGGCACAGUUCUCCGUUCCGAUCCACACACCCCUGCAAGAUUGGAUAGUCCCACUAAAAGAAGUUGUAGGAGGUGACGAGGAAGGAUACCAACGCACAUCUCGGCACCUGUACCCCGUGCUCGGAAAGGGAUCAGACAAAAACGCAUCAACGUCUAACAACCCUUCGCUCCGCUUCUGGAAAUACUCCGCUGAUUCGGUAGAGGGCGUGAAGGCUAAAAGUCAGCUGCCGCGUGACGCCUGCUACAACUGCGGUCGCACCGAUCACUUCCUGCGUGGUUGCCCUGAGUCCUUUAAGAAUGAGUGUGGUAUGUUUUGCGAAUCAUUCGGGGAGAGUAGCCCCGUUUCGGUUGAAGAAAGAUGGCAAGCCAAGCUCCGUAGCCUAAAAAAGAAACAACAAGGGAGGGGUCUCUCUUUGUACCCUGGAAAAUAG